ACGCACUUCCGGUAGGGGCGUGUUCUCUUCCGGAAAUGGCUGCGACCUCCAGCCCCGGGUCGGUGCGUAGCGACCCGUGAAGCUCGGCAUGAGCGUCCUGGUGAGGUCCCGCGUGGGCUCGCUGGGCGCCGUGGCGCGCGCGGUCAUCCCCUGCCUUUGGAGAGGACAGUGCUUCAGCUCCGGGAAUGAGCCGGCAGAAAGCAGCCCGGCGACGCCGUUGCUGCGGCACCUCGUGUAUAAAAUCAAGUCCACCGGCCCCAUCACCGUGGCCGAGUACAUGAAGGAGGUGUUGACCAACCCAGCCAAGGGAUAUUAUGUGCACCGCGACAUGCUAGGAGAAAAAGGUGAUUUUGUUACUUCACCUGAAAUAAGUCAGAUCUUUGGGGAGCUACUAGGGAUAUGGUUCAUUAGUGAGUGGAUGGCCACUGGAAAAAAUGCAGCUUUCCAACUGGUGGAGCUGGGCCCUGGUAGGGGAACCCUCGUGGGAGAUGUUUUGAGGGUGUUCAGUCAGCUUGGAUCUGUGCUGAGAAACUGUGACAUAUCCAUACAUCUGGUGGAGGUGAGCCAAAAAUUGAGUGAGAUUCAAGCACUGACGCUGACUGGAGACAAGGCCCCGUCAGAGCGCAGUGCCGACUCCCCGGUGUACAUGAAAGGGCUUUCUAAGUCUGGGAUUCCAAUUUCCUGGUACCGAAACCUGCACGAUGUGCCAAAAGGGUACAGCUUUUAUCUUGCACACGAGUUCUUCGAUGUUCUUCCUGUGCAUAAGUUUCAGAAAACACCCCAAGGAUGGCGAGAAGUGCUCAUCGAUAUCGACCCACAAGAGUGUGAUAAACUGAGGUUCGUUUUGGCGCCCUGUGCCACCCCGGCUGAAGCCUUCAUACACUGUGAUGAAGUAAGGGAUCAUGUGGAAGUGUGUCCCGAGGCUGGUGUUGUUAUUCAGGAACUUUCCCAACGCAUCGCCCUGACUGGAGGUGCCGCGCUGAUUGCAGAUUAUGGCCACGAUGGAACAAAGACAGACACCUUCAGAGGAUUUUGUGGACAUAAACUUCACGAUGUCUUAACUGCUCCAGGAACAGCAGACCUCACAGCUGACGUGGACUUUAGUUACUUACGCAGGGUGGCGCAGGCACAAGUAGCCUCUCUCGGGCCAAUAAAACAACAAACGUUUUUAAAAAACAUGGGCAUUGAUGUUCGGCUGAAGAUUCUUUUAGAUAAAUCCCAUGAGUCAUCAGUUAAGCAGCACUUACUUCAGGGGUAUGAUAUGCUGAUGAACCCUAAGAAGAUGGGAGACAGAUUUCACUUUUUUGCACUAUUGCCUCAUCAGAGGGUGCAUGGCGGAAAUCACCAGACGGAGGCUCGGCCACCAAAGCCCUCCGUGUCGCCGGUGGCUGGGUUUGCUGAACUUACUUGGCGUUGAUACUUACCUGGCCUUUUACUCUGUCUGCCCAAGAAAUCAAAAUAAAGGGAACCCAUUGCAUAGUC